CCGGCUGCGAUCUACUCGAGCUUCCCACUUUUCCCGUUCACAGUAUCAGCUUUGUCUCAUUCUCCUUCUCGAUCUCUCCUUCUACUCCCACCUCAAUUCCCAAAACCCCAAAAAUUGAGGGGGUUUUGCAAAAUCUCACCCACAUAAUUGCUUUCAGUUCUUCGAACCUGGAUCGGUUUGUUGUGCCAAAGGAAUUGUCUAAAAUUUGCAGAGUGUGAUCAUAUGAAAUCCCGUGCGCGACGGUGUCUGCUGAUUUGUUUGCUCUGUCUUACCUUAUCGAAUCUCUCCUAUGGGGAAAACAAGUUCAGAGAGCGUAAAGCCACCGAUGACGACCUGGGCUACCCCGAAAUUGAUGAAGAUGCUUUAUUGAAUACUCAGUGCCCGAGAAAAUUGGAGCUGCGAUGGCAGACUGAAGUCACUUCUAGCGUUUAUGCUACACCCUUGAUUGCUGAUAUUAACAGUGAUGGAAAGCUUGACAUUGUUGUUCCAUCUUUUGUUCACUACCUCGAUGUUCUUGAAGGGGCUGAUGGAGACAAGAUGCCAGGGUGGCCUGCUUUUCAUCAGUCAAACGUGCAUGCUAGUCCUCUUCUAUUUGAUAUCGACAAAGAUGGUGUUAGGGAAAUUGCUCUGGCGACCUACAAUGGCGAAGUGCUCUUUUUCAGGGUAUCAGGCUUUUUGAUGUCAGAUAAGCUAGAAGUGCCACGUAGAAAAGUGCACAAGAACUGGCAUGUAGGACUGAAUCCUGACCCUGUUGACCGUUCACAUCCUGAUGUCCAUGAUGAACAGCUUGUGCAGGAAGCUACGGAAAUGAAGUCAUCGAACACUCAAACGAGUGCAACUACCACAACACCAAAUGUUACAGUCUCGAUGUCCAAAGAAUUUCAUGGUGAGGCUUCAAAUGUGUCAUCUCAAGAGGAUCAAAAGAAACCCGAGAAUAACCAAACAGAAGCUGGCGUAAAGCCUACUUCAGAGCUACAUAAUUCCUCCAUGGAUGUUAGAGCAAAUACGUCGGCAGCAAAUGAUACUACUGCUGGCUCAACAAAAAAUUUCAAUGAAAAUGUAACCACCAAUGGGGUGGAUCAAAGCAAGAUUAGUGAAGUUAAGAAUGAAACUGUGAUUAAAUUAAAUACUAGUACGGAUAAUUCCUCAGAAACUUUGGGGACAUCUGGAAACAGUAGUACGACAGAGACAGGAACCAGUAGUGGGAGGCGGCUUCUGGAAGAUGAUGGAUCGAAAGAGUCUGACAAUAAAGACAACAGUGAGGGUGUUCACAUGGCCACAGUUGAAAACGAUGGUGCAUUAGAAGCUGAUGCAGAUUCAUCGUUUGACUUGUUGCGUGAUAAUGAUGAGUUAGGUGAUGAAUACAGUUAUGAUUAUGACGAUUAUGUUAAUGAGUCCAUGUGGGGUGAUGAGGAAUGGGUUGAGGGGCAGCACGAGAACUCAGAGGAUUAUGUGAAUAUUGAUGCCCAUAUACUUUGCACUCCUGUAAUUGCUGACAUAGACAAAGAUGGAGUACAGGAGAUGGUUCUUGCUGUAUCCUAUUUCUUCGACCCCGAGUACUAUGACAAUCCAGAACAUCUGAAAGAGCUUGGUGGUAUUGACAUCAAAAAAUAUAUUGCUAGUUCGGUUGUGGUUUUCAAUCUUGAGACUAAACAAGUUAAGUGGGUCAAAGAGCUAGAUUUGAGUACGGAUACAGCCAACUUCCGUGCAUAUAUUUAUUCUUCCCCAACGGUUGUCGAUUUGGAUGGCGAUGGUUACUUGGAUAUUCUUGUCGGAACUUCCUUUGGCUUAUUCUACGCCAUGGACCAUCGUGGAAACAUCAGGGAAAAAUUCCCACUUGAAAUGGCUGAAAUUCAAGGGGCAGUGGUUGCAGCUGAUAUAAAUGAUGAUGGAAAGAUUGAACUUGUAACAACUGAUUCCCACGGAAAUGUAGCAGCAUGGACCACCCAAGGAGUGGAAAUUUGGGAAGCUCAUCUAAAGAGUCUUGUUCCCCAGGGCCCUUCAAUAGGCGAUGUUGAUGGUGAUGGACAUACUGAUGUUGUGGUUCCUACAACAUCAGGAAACAUUUAUGUUCUUAGUGGCAAGGAUGGUUCGAUUGUCCGUCCUUACCCGUAUAGAACUCAUGGAAGAGUUAUGAACCAAGUUCUUCUUGUUGAUCUGAACAAGCGAGGUGAGAAAAAGAAGGGACUCACCAUUGUCACCACAUCCUUUGACGGUUACCUAUACCUCAUAGACGGACCCACCUCGUGCACUGACGUUGUUGAUAUUGGUGAAACUUCGUACAGCAUGGUCUUGGCUGAUAAUGUUGACGGUGGAGAUGAUCUUGAUCUCAUUGUCUCAACUAUGAAUGGAAACGUCUUUUGCUUCUCAACGCCUUCUCCUCACCAUCCCCUCAAGGCUUGGAGAUCGACUGAUCAAGGGAGGAACAAUAAGGCAAACCGUUAUGAACGUGAAGGCGUUUUUGUCACGCAUUCAACCAGAGGUUUCCGCGAUGAGGAAGGCAAAAACUUCUGGGCUGAGAUCGAGAUCGUUGAUAAAUACAGAUAUCCAUCUGGUUCACAAGCACCCUACAACGUUACAACGACGCUGUUGGUACCAGGAAAUUACCAGGGAGAUAGGAGGAUAAAGCAGAGCCAGAUCUUUGACCGACCGGGGAAAUACCGAAUAAAACUACCAACCGUUGGAGUGAGAACAACAGGCACCGUAAUGGUGGAGAUGGUGGACAAGAAUGGACUCCAUUUCUCAGACGAAUUCUCUUUAACGUUCCAUAUGUAUUAUUACAAGCUUCUGAAAUGGCUUCUUGUCCUCCCGAUGCUCGGGAUGUUUGGCCUGCUCGUGAUACUACGGCCUCAAGAAGCCGUGCCCCUCCCAUCCUUUUCCCGCAACACAGAUUUAUGAUGUUAGGUUCUGUCCGUACGCCGGAGCUCCUUAAUUAGCUCGUCUAAAGGAUCCAGGGACAAGUUCGUACUAGAAUUUUGGUGUUUCUGUAUCCUUUUUAAAAAAUAUCCUGUAAUUCGACUUUUAGAUCAUUUUGUUUUCUGGGUUAGAAAUCUUUAGAUCAUCUUUCUUUGAGUUUAUAAAGUUUAUGCAUGCAUUACUGAAGUCUUCAGAGUCCAUUUUGAACUAACAAGUUGCAAGAUUUUAGGAUGUUU